UAUUCUCUAUAUCUUCUAUUUAUACUGAAAGAGACAGCAAUAAGAAGAAGGAGAAGCAAGCUAACACAAUGGAGAAGAGACUUUUCAGUAGUUUAAUUCUCUUAGUGGUAUUUCUGGUAGGUAAGAGUCAUUGCAAGAAGCAAACCGAGCAGCUUGGCCAUUUCUACAACGCCAAGCUGAAGGAGAAUUCCGGGAUCGAUAAGAGUCUCUUCGAAGGAAUUCAUCAUGUGAAGACAGCCUCCAAGCUUCAUCCCCAAGAGGGUCUCAAAGAGAAAGAUAAAAUCCAGAGACUCCCUGGACAGCCUCAGGUUAAGUUUUCUCAGUAUGCAGGUUAUGUUAUUGUCGAUAAAUCUGCUGGUCGUGCUCUUUAUUAUUACUUUGCUGAAACUGAUCACGAGUCUAAGGAAUCUUUUCCUCUUCUUCUUUGGCUCAAUGGAGGUCCUGGUUGCUCAUCUCUUGCUUAUGGAGCAAUGCAAGAACUUGGACCAUUUAGAGUCCGCAGUGAUGGCAAAACACUCUACAAAAAUUUAUACUCAUGGAACAAUGCUGCAAAUGUAUUGUUUCUUGAGUCGCCUGCUGGGGUAGGGUUUUCGUACUCUAAUACAACUAAAGAUUACGAUGAGAAUGGAGAUAGAAGAACAGCUGAAGAUAAUUAUGUGUUCUUGGUGAAUUGGCUUCAGAGAUUUCCUGAAUAUAAAGACACAGAUUUUUACAUUGCUGGUGAGAGCUAUGCUGGGCAUUAUGUGCCUCAACUUGCACGUACAAUUCUCUCCCAUAACGAGAUGGCAAACCAGACCCUCAUCAACCUCAAAGGGAUUAUGAUUGGGAAUGCUGUGAUAAAUGAUGAAACUGACGUUAGAGGAAUGUAUGAGUACUUCAAAAACCAUGCUUUAAUUUCAUAUGAAACUGCAGAUCAAAUUGAAAAAUCCUGCGAUUUUUCACCCAGUGCCUCAACUCAAUCUGCUGAAUGCGACGCAGCCACUGAAGUUGCUAGCCUGAACAUUUACUAUCUCGACAUAUACAACAUCUAUGCCCCCUUGUGCGCCAAUUCCAGUCUCACUGCACAUCCCAAGAGAGCUUCAAUCAUGAAUUUCGAUCCGUGCAGCGAUAAUUAUGUGUAUGCUUAUCUAAACAGGCCCGAUGUUCAAGAAGCCAUGCAUGCCAAUAUCACAAAACUUGACCAUGACUGGCAGCCAUGCAGUGAUUUAAUUCAAAACUGGAAUGAUAGCCCUUCAACUAUUAUUCCUCUUCUACAAGAGUUAAUGUCAAACGGGCUUCGAGUCUGGAUAUUCAGUGGUGAUACAGAUGGAAGAGUGCCAGUUACUUCAACCCAGAAUUCUAUUAACACAAUGAAACUUCCCAUCAAAACUCCAUGGCAUGCUUGGUAUCACGGUGGCGAGGUUGGUGGAUACACACAAGUGUACAAGGGAGACUUGACAUUUGCCACAGUGAGAGGAGCUGGGCAUCAAGUGCCAAGCUACCAGCCCAAGAGAGCUCUUUCACUUGUCUCCCACUUCCUGAAUGGCUCACCUCUUCCCAAUACUUCAAGAUACACCUAAUUCAUUUACUUUCUUUAGGAUUUUAUUUAUAGCUUCAUAUGUUUCAGCAGCAUUUCAUUGUUUUGCCAGGAAAAGAAGAGAAAGAAGCCUGGUUCAAAUUGGGGAUUAGGAUUUAGCAUGGUUGAUCAAUAUUGUUUCUUACUGGAAAUUGGUAAUUUUAUCUCUUAUUUUGUUUCUUGUCAAUAAGUUCAGAGCAAUAACAAGAAAAUUAAUACCAUUUUUCAA